AUGUCUUCAUACUUGAGCAACCUGCUCACGCACACCACUUCCAGAUACAACUCGCUCAAGAGGACGCUCCUCUCAAGCGAAGACGACGGCGACACCGAAGAUGAUACACACGUCUGCCGCGUCCUACGAGCGUACUACAGCGAGAAAGGCCGGCCUUUCCCUCCGUGGCUACCACCAGACCCCAAUGUCAAACGCGCCAUCACACCCCAGCCUCAGCAAGGCAACUACUUGGGAGGCACAGCAGGGAAAAAUCCGUAUGGGCAUGUACAAAAUCAAGGUGGCCAUCGAGGUAGUCUGAGCGAUCUAUGGGAUCCUCCAUCUGCGCCCGCGAACAACGCUCCCAUGCAACCCACAAGCCUGCGCAAUGCGCGUCGUCCGAUGAACCAGCCUCCUGCGAACGUGAGCAGUGGUAACCUCGCUCCUCCUCAAGCUCGACCGUUACCUUCGCAAAGAGCUGGAAGCUACCAGACGCAGGGUCUGCCACAACAACAAAUGGGCAGCAGGCCUGGCAGUCGAGUAGACCCGAGCCCUCCUUCUAGUAGUGCUGGUCCUCCUGCUGCCGGAAGUGCACAAGAAAGGCUGAAAGCAAGGCUAUGGGGUGGUAAAAGUGGUGUCAGUCCACAGCCGAGUCCUGCAAUGAGCUCUGUGGGAGCACCAAACCCGUACGACCAGCCUCAGAUGGGUGCAAAUGCUCCUUGGAAUGGUGGCAGCGGAAAUCCGUAUGAUAACGGUGGCAAUGGAAGACGCUAUGGCAGACAAUGA